CUUGGGCAAAUAAGUGAACAAACUCCAGCUGCUAUUUGUGAGCAGAGACGGAGUCACAGAGCAGUGAGAGAGGUAGGCAGAACCCGGGGAAGAAAGAAAUUGUGGAGAGAGACCAGGGAGACACGGCGAAGAGAGACUGAGGUGGGGAGAGACCAAGGAGACGCACAGGCACACAACAACUGCUAGAGGCAAGAACUGAUCCUGUUCUGGGACACAAGGGACCCUCGGUCUUUUCAGGGACGCAGGAUUAACGCCUAAACCUAAACACAUACGCUCUUCCUGAAGCUUCAUUUGCUGGACUUACUUUCUGUUUCCAUCAUGGGAUCCAAAGUACAUCUCCUGAUUCUGGGGUUUCACCUGUCACUGCUGCAGAUGGCUGUGGGUUCGAGCAGCUGCCCUUUUGGUCAAGAACGAUUCCAAGGAAAAUGCAAAGAUGUUAACGAGUGCAUUCAGUACCCCGGCAUUUGUGGAAUGAAUGCAAGCUGUUCCAAUACUGAGGGCAACUACUACUGCAAAUGUGAUGAUGGGUUUGUGUCUACAUCCAAAACUGACACCUUCACCGCUGUCAGUGGCUUCUGCAUCGACAGAAACGAGUGUCUGGAUGUCAUAGGUAUCUGUGGCCCCAAUGCCAAAUGCCAAAACACAAUAGGGUCCUACUACUGCUCCUGCCUUGAUGGUUACAGCCUGAAAGUAGACCAGAACAUAUACUGCACUGAUAUAAACGAGUGUCUCGUUGAUUCAUCCAUCUGUGGGAAGCUGGGAAUGUGCCGCAAUGAGGAUGGAGGCUACAGGUGCCAGUGCAACAAUGGUACCAGCAACUUUGGGGACAAGCGGGCCCAUUGUGUAGAGUUAAAGUGUGAGUCGUACGAAACUGCUGAGGCACAUCAACAGACCCUGCUGGGCCUUGACAGUGUCUUGUCGCUUAUGAGGAACAGCUGUUUGGAGCUGAGCCAGAUGACUGGAGGAGGAGGACAGAUGAAUGGAGAGAUAUUGUUAGGGAGAGUGUUGAAUGCUAGCGAUACCGUCCUGUCCAGCGAUACCCUGCAGCACAAAGGCCACGUGAGCAAGCUACUGAGCUCCAUGGAGAACAUCCUCAGGCUUAUUGGACCACAGCUGAGAGGGAAUCACACCAGGCUGGAGACCCACCAUACAGAGGCGGAUGUCUGGGUGCGGAGGGAGAGAAGCCCACCUCAGGGGCCCGUCCACCUCUCCACUGAGCAUGUGCAGCUGAGCACCACGUGGGAGAACGCUCUGGGUGCCUCCACAUACCCAGGAUUUGCUGUUGUCUCCAUGGUGACCUACAAGAACUUGGAGUCCUCUACAAAUGUCUCCGUCCAUGGAAUGGGCCACGCAGAUGACAAAAUGCAUUUGCUGAUCAAUUCUAAAGUGGUCACAGUUUAUACAAGUAACCCAAACAGCAGUCACCUUUCCACACCUGUAAAUUUCACCUUUUCUCAUCUGAAGAGCAGGGAGGCCGAACAAGUGUGUGUGUACUGGGAUUCAGGCAGCAGUGGUGGGGCCUGGUCACCACAGGGAUGUGUCAUGGUGGACUCCAACAGCACACACACCAUUUGCUCCUGCAGCCAUCUCAGCAGCUUUGCUGUGCUCAUGGCGCUCUAUGAGAUCAAGGGCACCUUCCAGCUGCAGGUCAUCACAUGGGUGGGGCUGUCCCUGUCCCUAGUGUGUCUCUUCCUCUGCAUCGUCACCUUCUCCUGCUGCCGCUCCAUCCAGGGGACCCGGAAUACCAUCCAUCUUCACUUGUGCAUCAGCCUUUUCAUUGCAGACCUCAUCUUCCUCAUUGGGAUCUCCAGCACUCAUAACAGGCUUGCCUGUGCCUUCGUAGCGGGGCUCCUCCACCUAUUCUUCCUAUCUGCCUUCUGCUGGAUGUGUCUGGAGGGCAUUCAGUUGUACCGGAUGGUGGUGCUGGUCUUCAACACCACCCUGAGAUUUGUCUACAUGCUGGCAGUUGGUUAUGGGCUGCCUCUGCUCAUUGUGGCCAUAUCAGCCAUUGCCUACUCAGAGGGAUAUGGGACGCAACACAACUGUUGGCUGAGCCUUGAACGAGGAUUCAUCUGGAGCUUCCUGGGUCCUGUGUGUGUCAUCAUCAUUGUCAAUGUCAUCUUCUUCAUCAUCACUCUGUUCAAGCUUGCACAGAAGUUCUCCAGUCUAAACCCGGACCUGUCCAAACUACGCAAGAUCAAGACUUUCACCAUCACUGCCAUUGCCCAGCUCUGUGUCCUGGGCACCAUGUGGAUCUUCGGCUAUUUCCAGUUUGAGGAGAGCUCACAGAUCAUGUCCUACCUCUUCACCAUGCUCAACAGCCUGCAGGGUGUGCUGAUCUUUAUCAUGCACUGCCUGCUCUCCAAACAGGUGAGGGAGGAGUAUGCCCGCUUCCUGUUCUGCAUCCCCAUGAAGAAGAAGAGGAAAGACAAGUACUCAGAGAGUAGCAGCUCUCAGGCCUUACGGAUGACACAGAGCACGGGGGAGUCGCAGGCCUGAGAUCGCAAAACCUCACACCAGAAAGUAUUUUUAUUUCUGCUGGACACUGUGACCCUGUAUCAUUCCCAUUUGGACCACCAAAGGAACCGUCAUGUACCUCCCAAAGUGGAUCACACCUGCUCUGCCUUUAACCGCACCCCUUUAUCGGGUCACAGACAGUCAACCCAUCACUAUGCAAGUAUAAGAAGUCUAUUUAUAAAUGAAGAUAAAGCUCCAUAAAUAUCUUCACACAUCCAUCUUUCCACCACUUCUGGCCAAGGUCAUGGGGGAGCUGCAACCUGGCCCUGGCAGUGCAUGGCGGACGGCUGGGGCACAUUGCAGACGGGAUGCAAGACGUGUGUGAUUGCCUCUCUCCCUUCACUCUGACACAAAGCUAAUAGCCACAAUUUUCUUAUACCUGCCCAGAGGGGAGAAUGGGCCGGGCUUUCAUCAUGAAGACUGUCGCUUUGCAUGGGAGGAGGGGUGUUCUGACACCAAAACAUUAGCUACCAAAGGCUGUACUAUAUAUCAACUUUAUUUAUUGUACUUUUCUGUAAACAUUGUUCUUUUACAUGAAUAGUCUAUGAAAAGGUCUUACAUGACCACUGCCCCAAUUUUCCACAGAGUGUAGCCUUGAAGACACAUUCAGGUUUAAAUAGAGCAACUCGAUAUAAUGAAUAACUGCAUGAUAUUCUUGAAGCCAAUCCAGGAAUCACAGGAGGGGACAGUUUUUGUUUGUAUAUAUGAAUAUAUUGCAGAUUAUAUAUGUUGGGACAGUUUCAGAGGAAGAAUAUUAAAGCAGAUUUGUUUAUGGUUCUUGAUCCGUAGUUCAUAAGAAUCAGUUGAUAAGUAGCUCUGCAUCUCUAUUUUCUGUUACGUACAUUUUAUAUUUCCUCAAAAAAUGUGAAAAGGUAUUGUACUUUAGGUUUAUUUUUGCAAAAUUUUAUUAAAUAUUUCUGUCUUAAA